AACGACACGCGGAGGGGUGCGUCUGACAGGGCUUUUGUUGGUCAGCCAGCUCUGAAGAUCCUGCGGCGCGUUUUGAAGGAUGGGUUAUUUCUGGCAACAAACAACACUUCUCAAGCAGUGAGCCCAGCCUCGGCCCUGAUGCGUGGAGCCGCAACCCUCCAUGCUUCUACUCUACUGCAUCGAAGAGCAUGGGUUCGGACGCAGGAUUGCCGGAUGACUCCGGCAAGAGAAGCAGGACUCACGGGGACACCUCCGCCAUCCAACCGACUUCUGUCCCCUCCGCAUCUAUUCUUCCGUUUGACUCGGAUCCUCGAGGCAUCUGAAUUGCCGUCUACUGCUGCUGCUCUUCCGGGCAAAGAAAGACGACGCAAUCUAUGCAAGCAACGUCCACCAUUAAGGAUAUCGAUCCAAACUUGCAAUUGAUGUGUCUUGACCACUGCCGUGUCUUGCCGUUCCCGAAAAUGUCCUCUUUUCACCCGUGUCUGACAACCAGCAAAGCGUCCAACGAUAACCCGGU